AUGCCGACGCCGCCGCCGAGAGUGACGGAGCCACCAGGAGCACCGCACCAGCACCAGCUACAGCACCAGCACCGCCGCCGAUCCUCAGCAUCUUCCACUCCCUACGACCCCAACAAUCGCCGUUCCAGCACCCACUCCAUCUACGCGCGAAACGCUCUCAUGAGCAAACUCACCCUGCCCGGCCCCGAACACGCGCAGAACAAGUACCUCAGCAACACCAGCGGACCCCCACGCCCUGUCUCUGCCCAGCCUGCAGUGCCUACCUCCACCACGUCCACAUCGACCACCACACCACUACAGCCCAAGAGCGUGCAGCAAAUCAAAGACCUGGCCGCCCAACAUGCAGACCGGAAGCCUCUCCCGCUGGUUGCCGCCCUCCAGAAUCAGCAUGGCCUCGCCAUUGCAAAGGACGGCGUGGGCGCUGCCUUGAGUGACACGCCUCUGCCGUCACACCCAAACAGCCCGCGCGAUGCUGACGGACCUAGUACCAUGACGCGCAACAGCUCAGCAGCCUCUACCCCGCGAUUGCGCCCGACCACGCUCGACAUCCCCGGCCUCACAAAGUCAAAAGUCUCGCCCGACGGCAAGAUUGCGCAGCGCGAUGUCGGCUCCAAGCUCGUCAUUGUCAUGGUCGGCCUGCCCGCGCGUGGCAAGUCGUACAUCACCAAGAAGAUGGCCCGCUACCUAAACUGGCUGCAGCACGACACCAAAAUUUUCAACGUCGGCGAGAAGCGCAGAGGCGCCGCGAGCGUCCAUGGCUUCCGCCUUUCCCAGGCCAGUCUCGAGAGAAUUCCCUCGGGUGUCAGGGAGGCGCUCGAGCAGCACCAGGACUCAUUACCACAACGUGCUGCGAAAAUUCUUAUCAACGGAGAGUCGGUCCAGGACGGUUCCCCGGACCCACUGAACCUGUCAGACCCACUUCUCGACAACAGCGCCAUUGACGAUGCGAGCCCACCAAGCCCACCAAGCCCACCGCGCAUCGACGUCACAUCGCCAAAUAAUGAAGACAAAACACACGAGGCCGCGGCCGAGGAAGAGUCCAUGGACCAGUCUGCGAACUUCUUCGACCCCUCAAACAAGAAGGCAUCCCAGAUUCGCGAACAGUGUGCAAUGGAAACGCUCGACAACCUGUUGGACUACAUCUUGAAGGGCAGUGGGUCAGUUGGCAUAUUCGAUGCCACCAACAGCACGCUGUCGCGGAGAAAGAAAAUCAUAGAUCACAUCCGGAAUCGAGCCGGCGCGGAACUGAACGUCCUCUUCGUCGAAAGCGUGUGUCAAGACCAGAGUCUGCUUGAAUCCAACAUGCGCCUCAAACUCUCCGGGCCAGACUACCAAGACAAGGACCCUGUCGCUGCGCUAGCAGACUUCAAGAAGCGCGUGGCCAUCUACGAGAAGAACUACGUCCCAAUUGGCGACUACGAAGAAGAUAACAACAUGCCCUACGUCAAAAUGGUCGACGUGGGCCGAAAGCUCAUCUCACAUCAGGUCAAGGGCUUUCUUGCCGGCCAGGCCGUCUACUACCUCCUCAACUUCAAUCUCGCGCCCCGCAUGAUUUGGAUUACACGGCACGGCGAAUCCAUGGACAAUGUCGCUGGCAAGAUUGGCGGCGACUCGGAUCUCAGCGAGAACGGACAAAAGUACGCGCAAGCAAUGACCCGUUUCAUCGAAAAGCAACGCAAAGAAUGGGCCGUCCGACAAGCCGACAAGCUGGCCAACACGCACUUCCCGCCCGUCCCAGGCGACCAUACGCCACCCAACCCCUACUUCAGCCUAGAAGACGAGCAGCACAACUUCUGCGUCUGGACAAGUAUGCUCAAGCGCAGUGUGCAGAGCGGCCAGUACUUUUGCGACGAGGAUUUUGAAGUCAAGCAGAUGCGCAUGCUGGACGAGCUCAAUGCGGGACAAAUGGAAGGCCUCACGUACGAGGAAAUCCGCACAAAAUACGCAGACGAAUAUCUCCGCCGCCGCCGCGACAAACUCGCCUACCGCUACCCCGGCCCCGGUGGCGAAGGCUACCUCGACGUCAUCAAUCGCAUUCGCCCUGUCAUCGUGGAGCUGGAGCGCAUGACGGACCAUUGCCUCCUCAUCACCCACCGCAGCGUGGCGCGUGUCCUGCUCGCCUACUUCCAGGGCCUGAAGCGAGAGGACGUGGCCGAUCUGGAUUGUCCGCUCGGCAUGCUUUAUCAGCUUGAGCCCAAGCCGUACGGUGUCGAAUUCAAAGCGUGGCGGUACAAUUCGAGAACGGACGAUUUUGAUCACUUGCCCGAUUACAAGCUUAGACGAGCAACAACCCUGCAGGUUAAUUAG